AUGGUCCGUUCGUUCCUUGUUCCAUUCUUUUCCCUCGCCGCGGGUCUGUCUGUCUCGGCCCAUGUGCCGGAGCCGCGUAACACGGCCAAGGCCAACGGCACCGGUGUCGUCAAUUCCACCGCCGCCAACUGCACCGGAGUCGCCGCUGUCUCCCCACGCUGCUCCUCCAGCGAGGUCCUGUACACGCGCGAUGUGUACUAUGUGGGUGGUCGGUUGAUCAAUACUGGCUCUGCUAAUAUCACGGCCGAUCAACUCUAUGUCGAGAAGCUCACUCCCAGUGGCGGUGUUCAACAUGCUCACCCGCUCGUCUUCUUCCAUGGUGGUGCCGUGUCGGGCGUGACAUGGCUGAAUACUCCAGACGGGAGAAGAGGCUUUGCUUCCUACUUCCUCGAGCAAGGCUAUCAGGUCUACCUUCUUGACCACACUGGCGUCGGCAGAUCUUCCCAGGAAGAUACCUCUGAAUAUGUCCUCUGGAACUCCACAGGCAUUGACGGUGUACAAUCGGGUUUUACUGCGCCAGAGUUGGCUGCUACUUACCCUCAGGCUGUCAACCAUACGCAAUGGCCUGGCACUGGCCAGAGAGGCGACCCUUAUUUUGAGCAGUUUGCCAAGGGCGUCAUUCCCUUUACCAGCAACUGGACCGUGGGCGAGCUGUCCAUGCGGGCCUCGGGCUGUGACCUGCUGGAACUGAUUGGUCCCUCGUACCUAGUAUCGCACUCCUCGGGCGCGCAGUAUCCCAUUCUGCUGUCCAACGACUGCCCGGACCUGGUGGCAGGCAACAUAAACCUUGAGCACUCUACGCAGCCGUUUUGGAACUAUGGUACCACCUUGAACUCUGGCUCGUCGAUUCGUCCUUGGGGUCUGGCUAAUACUCCCUUGACCUACGACCCUCCGGUUUCGGACGCCUCGGAGCUGGACAAGGUGUGGGACGGCAACGACACCUUGGCCCUGCGCCGGUGCUACCUCCAGACCGAGCCCGCCCGCCAGCUCCCCCAGCUGGCCAAGGUGCCGUACCUUUGCACCACCGGCGAGGCUAGCGUGCACGCCACCUAUGAUCACUGUGUCAUCAACUACCUCGAGCAGGCCGGCGUCAAGACGGACUGGAUCAAGCUCGCUGACGUGGGCAUUCACGGUAACGGCCAUUUCGGUCAUCUGGAGCUCAACAAUCUCGACAUUGCAGAAGUGGUCCGAGAAUGGAUCGUAAAGCAGGAUGCUCUGUCCAGCUAA